UAUAACGUUUUAUAAACUGCUGAUUUUAUAAAACUGCUGUGCUUCAUGGACCACUGAGUUUAAACAUGCUCCACAUAUGCACGCUGGAUGCACGCGCCCCAACCCAGUGCGCGCUAACGCUCUCGCGCGCUCACCCAGGUGUUCUGUCUGUAGAAACUGACAGGUAAGAUUUGAACGGAAUAAAGCUCAGCAAAGAGACCGGAGGCGAAAAAAAAGUCCUGUUUUUGACGUUCGAGUCGGAGAAGAGGGCUUCCUGCAGCCAGUUUUCACUGAGGUAUCCGAAAGAGACGGAAAGAGCAAGGAAGAGGAUGCGAGUGGAUUUGACUCGACAGCGUCUUCUCUAGACGUUGGAGAUGAAGUAUAUUAUCAGUUUCGAUCACGGAGCCAUGGAGAAACGAGCCAGGCUGCUGCUCUCGCUGUUGUUCCUGAUGUCGAAGUUGUGUCUCAGUGAGCACCAGGUCCUCCGAAUCGGGGGUAUAUUUGAAACUCGGGAGAAUGAGCCAGUGAGUGUGGAUGAGUUAGCCUUCAAAUUUGCUGUUACCAGUAUCAACCGCAACAGAACACUAAUGUCAAACACUACAUUGACCUACGACAUCCAGAGAGUGAACUUUUUUGACAGUUUUGAAGCCUCCCGAAGAGUGUGUGAUCAGUUAGCUCUAGGUGUUGCUGCAGUGUUUGGCCCUGCUCACAGUUCCUCAGUCAGUGCAGUUCAGUCAAUCUGUAAUGCCCUGGAGGUCCCACACAUCCAGACCCACUGGAAACAUCCAGUGGACAACAAGGACUCCUUCUUUAUCAAUCUCUAUCCAGAGCACAACUCCAUCAGCAGGGCCAUUUUGGACGUUGUGACCUACUACAAGUGGAAGACUCUAACAGUGGUCUAUGAAGACAGCAUAGGCCUAAUGCGCAUGCAGGAGGUUAUCAAAGCACCAUCCAGAAAUGGUAUGAAGGUGCGUAUUCGCCAGCUGCCCACGGGGAGCAGUGAUGCUCGCCCACUUCUCAAGGAGAUGAAGAAGGAACAGGAGUUCUAUGUCAUUUUUGACUGCUCCUACCAAAUGGCCUCUGAGCUGCUUAAACAGCUAAUGUCAAUGGGAAUGAUGACUGAGUACUACCAUUUUUUCUUCACUACUUUGGAUCUCUUUGCACUUGACCUGGAACCCUACCGAUACAGUGGCGUGAACAUGACUUCUUUCCGCCUGCUAAACCUGGACAACCCCUAUGUUGUGUCUGUUGUUCAGAAAUGGAGCACAGAAUGGCAGUUUGCCCCAUACAGACCUGAAAGUGGCUUGAUGAGUGGCAUGAUGACUACAUCAGCCGCUCUAAUGUAUGACGCUGUGUUCAUGGUUGCGGUGGCAUCACAGCGGGCCAAUCAGAUGACAGUGAGCUCACUGCAGUGCCACAGGCACAAACCGUGGCGGUAUGGACCCCGCUUCAUGAACCUGUUUAAGGAGGCUCAAUGGGAUGGCCUGACAGGACGGAUUGUCCUUAACAAGACUGAUGGACUGAGGAAAGACUUUGAUUUGGACCUCAUCAGCCUUAUGGAGGAAGGUACAACAAAGAUUGGGGUGUGGAAAUCAUACACUGGUCUGAACUUGACUGAAAAAAGGGACAGCUCUAAUAACGUCACAGAUUCUCUGGUCAACAGAACGCUGAUUGUUACCACAAUUUUGGAGAACCCGUAUGUAAUGUAUAAGAAGUCUGAUAAGGUGCUUUAUGGGAAUGAUCGCUUUGAAGGCUACUGUUUGGAUCUACUGAAGGAGCUCUCCAAUAUUCUGGGAUUCAGUUAUGAAGUCAAGCUGGUGUCGGAUGGCAAGUACGGUGCCCAGAAUGACAAGGGAGAAUGGAACGGAAUGGUCAGGGAGCUCAUUGACCAUAUUGCUGAUCUGGCUGUGGCACCUUUGACCAUCACUUAUGUGCGAGAGAAAGUCAUAGACUUCUCUAAGCCAUUUAUGACCCUGGGGAUUAGUAUCUUGUACCGUAAACCCAAUGGCACCAACCCUGGAGUUUUUUCUUUCCUCAACCCUCUCACCCCAGACAUCUGGAUGUAUGUGCUGCUGGCAUGUUUGGGAGUCAGCUGCGUGCUCUUCAUUAUUGCUAGGUUCACACCAUAUGAAUGGUAUAACCCUCAUCCUUGCAAUCCUUCAUCAGAUGUGAUGGAAAACAACUUCACGUUAUUAAAUAGUUUGUGGUUUGGAAUUGCAGCACUCAUGAGGCAAGGGUCAGAUCAGAUGCCCAAGGCUUUAUCCACCAGAAUUGUUGGGGGGAUUUGGUGGUUCUUCACACUAAUCAUCAUAUCAUCCUACACUGCUAACCUGGCUGCCUUUCUCACUGUGGAGCGGAUGGACGCACCAAUCGAUUCAGCUGAUGAUCUGGCCAAGCAGACUAGAAUAGAAUAUGGAGCAGUGAGAGACGGUUCCACCAUGACUUUCUUUAAGAAGUCAAAGAUCUCAACAUAUGAGAAGAUGUGGGCGUUCAUGAGCAGCAGGAAGAACACAGCCCUGGUGAAGAACAAUAGAGAGGGCAUCACACGCGUCCUCACCACUGACUAUGCCCUCCUUAUGGAGUCCACCAGCAUAGAAUACAUUAGCCAGAGAAACUGUAACCUCACUCAGGUUGGGGGACUCAUAGACUCCAAAGGCUAUGGAGUAGGCACACCUAUAGGCUCGCCUUACAGGGACAAGGUGACAAUCGCCAUCCUGCAGCUGCAGGAGGAGGGCAAGCUCCACAUGAUGAAGGAGAAGUGGUGGAGGGGGAAUGGCUGCCCUGAGGAGAACAACAAGGAGGCCAAUGCCUUGGGAGUUGAGAACAUAGGGGGUAUCUUUAUUGUGCUUGCUGCUGGCCUCGUUCUCUCUGUUUUUGUGGCAAUUGGAGAAUUCGUCUACAAAUCUCGCCAGAACAGCGAUGUUGAGGAGGCCUUCUGUUUCUAUUAUGGGGUUCAGUCACGGCAGCUGCAGAGACGCGAUUCUCCCUCAAUCACUGGCACAUCCAAAUCCACAGAUUUAGAGAGUGGGCACCUUCUUGAGGAUGACGUAUGCUCCUUGCAUUAAUCACUACCACUCUUGCCUCAGUAGCUUUGGAAGGGUGCAUUUGUUUUAGCGACCUGAUGGAGGAGCUAGGAGUCUCCUUCAGGUGCCACAAAGCAAUGAGGAAAAGAAGAAGACCACGAGGAAAAGCAGUACUCACAGGAGUCUUAUACAAUUCCAAACGCUUCCUGAGGAAAGAAACUGUGGCCUAGGGAGAUGGAAAAAGAUCUGACUUCUAAUGACUUGGCAAAGGAUUUUAAUUUGUCAAUUGAAUUGAAUGAUUUAUUUCAUUUUAUUUUAUUUUAUUUAUUUGAACAUGGGCAUAGUUUGUAUAUCUCACUUUGUGGUAGUGGAACACUUGGUGUAGUUGUUUGUACAUGGAAUUAUUGAAUGAAAAUGGAGUGGAAUCGGGAAUACAUCAGUUAUUCCAUCGUAGCAUUUCUUGUGCCCAGUCCUCAGUUUUCGAAAUAAAGAGGUUUUGCAUACUUUAACCAGCACUGUCUUAGUCUAUAUGAAUUAAAAUCUGUACAAAGGUCUUGAUCAAAUGGCAAGUAUUCACAAAUGAUAUCAUUUUUAUUUCCUGGAGGGAAUGUGAACAGACAAUAACUGCACAUAGACAGUGCCAAAUGGAAUUUGAGCACAAGCCAUUCCAGACUCAUUUGAACCCCUCUGUUUUGUUGUUUAGUUUCUGACAAUUCAGUACAUCCUCUCUGAUAUACACAAUGCACUUCCCUAUUCUACUGACCAGACUAGUGAUGUUU